AUGGCUACCACUACUACCUCGACUUCGACAACCCCGGCUACCGUUUUCCCUCGCAGCCAUGUCGGUUUCGACAGUAUCACCUCCCAGAUUGAAAGGAAACUCCUCAAACGCGGUUUCCAGUUUAACGUGAUGUGUGUUGGCCAGACGGGACUUGGAAAAUCUACCCUAAUUAACACUAUUUUUGCUUCCCACUUGAUUGACUCGAAGGGUCGUCUGACUCCCAAUGAACCUGUGCGCUCGACCACGGAAAUUCAGACCGUCUCCCACAUCAUUGAGGAAAAUGGCGUACGUCUCAGGCUAAACAUUGUUGAUACUCCUGGAUACGGUGAUCAAGUAAACAACGAUAGAUGUUGGGACCCUAUUGUGAAAUACAUCAAGGACCAACAUUCCGCGUACCUCCGAAAGGAGCUUACCGCUCAGCGUGACCGUUAUAUCCAAGACACCCGUAUUCACUGCUGCUUGUUCUUCAUCCAACCGUCCGGCCAUGCCCUCAAGCCCAUUGACAUCGUCGUUUUAAAGAAGUUAUCUGAUGUCGUCAAUGUUGUUCCUGUAAUUGCCAAGGCCGAUUCGCUUACUCUCGAGGAACGUCAGGCGUUUAAGGAAAGAAUCAAGGAGGAGUUUACUUUUCACAACCUGAAGAUGUACCCGUAUGAUAACGACGAGCUCGAUGACGAGGAGCGCGCGGUCAAUGCCCAAAUCAAGGACAUUAUUCCAUUUGCCGUGGUCGGCAGUGAGAGAACUAUAGUUGUCAAUGGUCAACAGGUUCGCGGCCGACAGAACCGCUGGGGUGUUAUCAAUGUGGAGGAUGAGAAUCACUGUGAAUUUGUAUACCUGAGAAACUUCCUCACUCGCACCCAUCUGCAGGACCUUAUUGAGACAACAAGCCAGAUCCACUACGAGACCUUCCGUGCUAAGCAACUUCUUGCUCUGAAGGAGAGCAGUGCAGCGGGAGGUCACAGUGGUGGCAGCCGGCCCAUCAGUCCCUCGGCUGACAGGGAGCUCAGCCGCAACUCUCAACGGAUGACCAUGAAUGGCUAUUAA